UAGACGGCAGGCUUCGGAGCCAGGGGACGUGGCCGCAGGUGAUGGGCGCAAAAGUAGAGAUAUGGACGGGCGGCAAGCGCCGGGUCGAUCUGUUUGGCAAUUUUCUACGGGCAAUUUUCUUUGGCAACGCUCGUAGGCUGUGGCUGCACUACGAGGGUGUUUGCAAUUGACGUGUCAAAUGCAUAUGGGAGGUAUGUAGCUCGCAUGCUUGGAGCUCCGGCAGCGGCUCACAUCUCGACGAGUUCGUGCCAUCGAGAUCAUAUUGCACGACCAACAAGGCGGAGAAGCGCGAUCUUUUUUGAGCCAGCAUCGAUGAGUGAUCCCGUGAUCAAGAGAAACGUCACGAGACGCCCCCUCGCGCAGGCCAAUGCAGGCGUGCUGACACGGGCUAGAAAUCGCGCACCAUUUUUAGCAAGAUAUGCAUGGCCGACGCUGAGACCGGAAGAAAGCGAAGCAGCUAACGAUCGAGGAGCGCUGGCGAGAUGGUCAAGAUUGAACAGCAUUCCUGAACAAGGCUUUCUUAAUAGGCGGAACGAGAACGACUCAAUCAGCGUCUCGCCUCGUCCUUACUUUGAUGAUCUGGAAGGUUGAUCCACAUCUUAAGCAUCUGCAUUUCGUCUACGCGAAUUCUAGAUACUGUUGCUUUACCCGAGGACAAGCUUCAAGAGUAGACUGGCGGCCAACAGCCGUACGAGCGGCGAUAAUGACACGCGACAGUCGAGCAUCGGCGCCAAAGUUCGACCUGAGUGAGUCUGACUUUGCUGAGGAAGCAAGGCAAAGCAGCAAAAGGACAGAGGCGAAUCUGACUGCCAUCCUCGGCUCUGUCACUGCCGAAGAAGCAUCGUUUGCCAAUGUGAUCGAAGCCAUUGAGUUCGGCAACAGGUCCAGCGAAGGCCAGCUCCUGUCUUUACUGCAGAACGUCGCACCGGAUGCAGACAUCCGCAAGGCGGCGUCGCAAGCCAUCCAGGCCAUUGAACGCGACAGCCUCGCUACGGUCGAGAAUGAGGAGCUUUUCACUCUCGUGGAUGCGGCGAAGCGGAGGGUCAAUGAAGACAGUCUCACGACUGAGGAGAAGAAACUAUUGGACACCGUGUAUCGCUGGUUUACAGAUACUGGAGCCAACAUGGAUAAGGCAACGCGAGAUCGUUUUUCCGAAAUAAGCAAACGAAGCAUCAAACUACGAAACGCCUUCAUGGACAACAUCGCCUCUGACCCAGGCGGGCUGUGGAUGGCGGAAGCGCAGCUCGCCGGCCUGUCUCGCGCAAAGUACGACAGCUUGGAAGUGAAUGAGGAGGGGAAGCGCCGCGUCACGCUAAAGAGACCAGACGUUCAAGCCGUCCUACGACAGUGCCACGAUGCAGAAACUCGGAAAGUUGUGUUCAUCGCUAGCGAGUCCAUCUGCCCAGAGAAUGUCGAUAUCUUCCGAGAGAUCGUGCUACUGCGGGACGAAGCAGCACGGCUCAGCGGCUACACAUCGUUUGCGGCGCAGAGUACCAGCAACCGAUUGGCCAAGUCUCCUGCGGCGGUGGGCAAGCUGCUUGGGGAACUCAAGGAGAAGCUCCGGCCGCUUGUCGACAGCGAGUUGCUCCAGCUGCGGCAGCAGCUUGCACAGGACGGCGGCGCACCACGGCUCCAUGUUUGGGACUUUGAGUACUACCAUCAGAAGAUGCUACGCGACAAGAAUGUCGACCACGACCUGCUGUCAGAGUAUUUUCCGGCUGAUUACACCAUUGUGCAGAUGAUGGGCGUGUUUCAGGAGCUCUUUGGUCUGAGAAUUGAGGAGGUCACGGACAAAGCAGAAGGGGAUACGUGGCAUCGAGAUGUCAAGAUGUUUGCAGUAUGGGAUGUGGAAAGCACUGCUUUCUUGGGGUAUCUAUACACGGAUAUCUAUCCACGCCCAGGCAAGUAUAACGGCGGGGCAAACUUCAACAUACGUCCGGUAGGUCGCCUCAACCGGUGCAAGAGAGAUGAUCCCUCAGCACUGACCGCUGAGCCACAGAGCUAUGUCGACGAAGAUGGUAACCGUAAGCCUGUCGCGACGGCUUUAAUCUGCAAUCUUUCUCCUCCCUCUCAAGACAGGCCGUCACUUCUGCAGCACUCUGAGCUGGUUACCAUCUUCCACGAACUCGGUCAUGGCAAGUGCUUCAUCGCCUCCACUCCAGGGCCAGAUGGUCGUCUAACCUGUUGCGUGCGCAAUAGGCAUUCAUGACCUUCUGGGAAGAUCCAAGUACAUCACCUUCCACGGUCACCGCGCCGUCAAGGACUUCAUCGAGGCUCCGAGUCAGCUCCUCGAGUAUUGGUGCUGGACGCCCCAGACGCUGCAGCGACUCAGCUGCCACUACUCGCAUCUUUCGAGCCAAUGCGAACAGGCGUGGCGGAGACAGCAAAGUGAUGAAAACAACGACAUGCCGCCGCGCAACAUACCGCAUGGUCUCAUUGACAGUCUCAUCGCCACGAAGAGCGUGAACGCCGGGAUUCUCACAUCGCGGCAAGUGGCCCUAGCGCUGUUCGACAUGAGGGUCCACGAUCCCCCUUCACACGCGCUUCUUAAGGAAAUGGACAUUCCUGGUGUCUUUGACUCAUUGCUUGGUGAAUUAACCGGCUUGGCUCGGCUAGGAAACGAGGCAGUGUUGGGACACGGGCACGUCACUACCGCACAUUUCGUGUGGGGUGUCGAAGCCAGCUAUUACUCGUACCUCCAAACGCGAAUAUUCGCGGCAGACAUCUGGGAGACGUGCUUCCGUGACCACCCCAUGGAUGCUGCGGCGGCGCGCCGGUACCGAAGGACGAUACUGGACAAGGGAGGCAGCGGCGAUGAAGCCAAGAUGCUGGAAGAGUUGUUAGGGCGUCCACCGUCGCUGGAGCCAUUCCUUG